AGUUGGAUGAACUCCGGGCUGAAAUGGAAGAGAUGAGGGACAGUUACUUAGAGGAAGAUGUUUACCAGCUGCAGGAGCUUCGGCGAGAACUGGACCGCGCUAAUAAAAACUGCCGAAUCCUGCAGUACCGCCUCAGGAAAGCCGAGCAAAAAAGCCUGAAAGUGGCAGAGACCGGGCAAGUCGACGGCGAGCUUAUCCGAAGCCUGGAACAGGACUUAAAGGUAGCCAAAGAUGUGUCUGUCAGACUGCACCAUGAACUUGAAACUGUGGAGGGAAAGCGUGCUAAAGCUGAAGAUGAAAACGAAACCCUCCGACAGCAGAUGAUUGAAGUGGAAAUAUCCAAACAGGCCCUCCAAAAUGAGCUGGAGAGACUGAAAGAGAGUUCCCUGAAAAGAAGAGGCAGUCGGGAAACCUACAAAGAAAAGAAAACCUUUAACCAGGAUGACAGUGCCGAUUUGAAAUGCCAGCUUCAGUUUGCCAAAGAGGAAGGUUCCCUGAUGCGCAAAAAGAUGGCCAAGCUGGGGAGGGAGAAGGAGGACCUGGAGCAGGAGCUGCAGAAGUACAAGGCCCUGUACGGCGACGUGGACAGCCCCCUGCCCACAGGCGAGGCCGGCGGGCCGCCCAGCACCCGGGAGGCAGAGCUGAAGCUACGGCUGAAGUUGGUGGAGGAGGAAGCCAACAUCUUGGGCCGGAAGAUCGUGGAACUGGAAGUGGAGAACCGAGGUCUCAAAGCAGAGAUGGAGGACAUGCGGGGCCAGUACGAGCGAGAGGGCCUAGGCCGGGACCACAUGCCCAGCGUUCCUACCUCACCCUUUGGUGACUCCCUGGAGUCCUCCACAGAGCUCCGCCGGCACCUGCAGUUUGUGGAGGAGGAAGCGGAGCUGCUUCGAAGGUCCAUAUCUGAGAUCGAAGACCACAACCGGCAGCUGACUCACGAGCUGAGCAAGUUCAAGUUUGAACCGCGUCCGGAGCCCGGGUGGCUGGCGGACGGCGGGGGCAAGGGCGCGGGCGGUGGGGCUCCCCUGCAGGAGGAGCUCAAGUCCGCGCGGCUGCAGAUCAGCGAGCUGAGCGGGAAGGUGCUGAAGCUCCAGUACGAGAACCGCGUGCUGCUGUCCAACGUGCAGCGCUGCGACCUGGCCGCCCACCUGGGCCUGCGCGCCCCGAGCCCCCGGGACAGCGACGCCGACAGCGACGCGGGCAAGAAGGAGAGCGACGGGGAGGAGGGCCGCCUACCCCAGCCCAGGCGGGAGGGCCCCAUUGGCGGUGAGAGCGACUCGGAGGAGACGUUCGAGAAAACGUCAGGCUUCAGCAGCGGGAAGCCGUCGGAGGCCAGCGAGCCGUGUCCGGCGGAGGUCCUCAGGGCCAGGGAGGACUCCGAGUGCUUGGUGAGCAUAAAGCACGAGGCCGAGCGGCUGGAGCGGACCGUGGACAGCCUCAUCACAGACACCAAUGGCUUUGUGGACGACCUGGCCUCGCCGGGGCCUGGUGUUCAGGGGGAGGGGGACAAGAAGGAGCCCCAGCUGUUAGGGACCAUCAAUGCCAGGAUGAAGGCCUUCAGGAAAGAGCUCCAGGCCUUCCUGGAGCAGGUGAACCGGAUCGGGGACGGCCUAAGGGAGCGCCUGGAAGGCCUGUCCCCCUUGCCCCACCUCACAGAGUCGUCCAGCUUCCUCUCUACGGUGACCUCCGUGUCCCGGGACUCCCCCAUCGGGAACCUGGGGAAGGAGCUGGUCCCAGAGUUGCAGUCCAAACUGAGAGAUCAGAUGGAGUGGCAGCUGGGUCAGGAGCGAGGGGACGAGCGGGAGCACCUGCACCUCCGAGCCACACGGGAGCUGCACCGCAGAGCCGACGGGGAUGCCAGGAGCUGCAGGCCGGGAGGCCAGAGCUGCUUCAAUCUGGAGACGGAGGAGGAGCCCCUCUAUGCCUGGAGGUGGAAAGAACUGGAAAUGCACAGCCUGGCUCUGCCGAACACCCUCCACGAGCGGACCUGGACGGAUGAGAGGACUCUGCUGCAGCAGGAGCUCCGGUCCUUGAAGCAGAACAUUUUCCUUUUUUACGUCAAACUCAGGUGGCUGCUGAAGCACUGGCGGCAAGGGAAACAGAUGGAGGAGGAAGGAGAGGAUUUCACUGAGAGUGAGCACCCAGAGCUCUAUCCCAGGCUUGGUGAGCUUGGAGUCCAGGUGGACCCAAAGGCGGAUGGCCCUAAGCGAGACGAUGACAGUCCAGGCUGUGGCUCUUCAGUGGGGGAGCAUUCUCCACACUCCCCUGUGCAUGUCGGCAACCACGGAUCUCGGGUGCAGCCUGCCGAUGGAGGACAGCCACACGGGCAGGUGCCGGAAGACCAGCAGCUGUUCCGCGCGCUGAAGACCCUGCUGGAGGACCUGCGCGCGGAGCUGCGGGAGGACGAGCGCGCCCGGCUGCGGCUGCAGCAGCAGUACGCCAGCGACAAGGCCGCCUGGGACGUGGAGUGGGCCGUGCUCAGGGGCCGCCUGCAGCAGCUGGAAGAGAAGACUGAGAAAAACUUGGGAGAACCAGGCUCCACCCCUGACAGCAAAGGGGCAUUCAAGAAGGAGAGGGAGACACACCAAAAGCUCCUCGCUGACAGCCACGGCCUGGUCAUGGACCUGCGCUGGCAGAUCCAUCACAAUGAGAAGAACUGGAACCGGGAGAAGGUGGAACUUCUCGACCGCCUGGACAGAGAUCGGCAGGAGUGGGAGCGGCAAAAGAAGGAACUCUUGUGGAAAGUAGAACAGUUGCAGAAAGAAAACAGUCCCCGCAGAGGUGGAAAUUUCCUUUGUGAUCAAAAAGAAGGCGACAUCCGCCCUUUUGCUCCCCCGGGAAGCCCCCGCGUGCCCCGACCAGUGGGGAUGUGGCCCGGCACAGACUCGGACUCAGCCCCGUUUGAAGACCGGCCACUCUCCAAGCUGAAGGAGUCCGACAGGUGCUCGGCCCGGGAGAACCUCUACUUGGACGCCCUGUCUAUGGAAGAUGAACCGGAGGAGCCUCCGGCCCGCGGGCCCCAGGACUUCAGGAACUGCCUCCCUGAGGAAGAAGAAAAUCACAAGGGAAAUCUUCAAAGGGCAGUGUCCGUGUCCUCCAUGUCUGAGUUCCAGCGCCUGAUGGACGUCUCUCCCUUCCUGCCGGAGAAAGGCCUGCCCACUGCCAGCAGCAAAGAGGACAUCACCCCACCCCUGUCUCCUGAUGAUCUGAAGUACAUCGAGGAGUUCAACAGCAAGAGCUGGGACGAGAGGCCCCCAGAGCCCUGGGCAGACAGGACCGAGGGGGGGCAGGCAGGGAGUGAGGCUGGUACUGAGCCCUUCCCUGACUCUUCCUGGUACCUCACCACGAGUGUCACCAUGACCACAGACACCAUGACCAGCCCAGAGCACUGCCAGAAGCAGCCCCUGCGGAGCCACAUCCGCACUGAGCCAUCUGGGGUGCGGGUGCUGCACAGCCCCCCUGCCGUCCGCAGGAUGGACAGCAUCGUGGUGGCGGGCAGUGAGAGCUCAGGCCGGCUGGAGCCUGAGGUCCCGUUUCCUACAAGCAGAGCCAGAGGAGGCACAGGAGACACUAAGGGGGGCCCCUCAGAACACAUGCUUAGCAGGUGGCCUUGUGCCUCUUCCCGGCAACCCCGAGACUAUGGGGAGAGAGGGCUGCACCCCCUUGAUAGCACCCUCUGUACCCCUCUGGGUUUCACCUCCCCACUGCACAGCCUGGAGAUGUCCAAGAACAUGAGUGACGACAUGAAGGAAGUGGCCUUCUCCGUCAGGAAUGCCAUCUGCCCUAGUUCCCCCGAGCCCCUGGUCAAGGACAUGGCCUGCCAGACCAAUGGGUCCCGGACGACGGGGACACAGACCACCCAGACCAUCAGUGUCGGCCUGCAGACCGAAGCUCUGCGUGGCAGUGCCAUCACCAGCAGCCCCCACAAGUGUCUCACGCCAAAAGCAGGGGGUGGUUCCACACCCGCAUCAUCUCCAUCCCGUGGCCUUAGGAGCAGGCAGGUGGCCCCCGCCAUCGAGAAGGUGCAGGCCAAGUUCGAACGCACAUGCUGCUCCCCCAAGUAUGGGUCUCCUAAGCUGCAGAGGAAGCCCCUCCCCAAAGCUGACCAGCCAAAUAACAGGACCCCACCAGGGCUGGCCCAGAAGGGAUGCAGUGAGUCGGCCUGGGCCCGCUCCACCACCACGCGGGAGAGCCCCGUGCACACCGCCAUCAAUGAUGGCCUCUCCAGCCUCUUCAACAUCAUCGACCACAGCCCCGUGGUGCAGGACCCCUUCCAGAAGGGGACUCGGGCUGGGAGUCGGUCACGCUCAGCAGAACCCCAGCUGGAGCUGGGCCCAGGCCAAGACACCAGCCCCAGUUCCCGGGGACGGUCACCCAGCCCCAUCGGGGUUGGCUCAGAGACCUAUAGGGAGGAAGGGGGAGAGGGCACGCCUGUGAGGCAGGACUUAUCUGCUCCCCCUGGCUACACAUUCACAGAGAGUGUAGCCAGGAUCCUCAACAAGAAGCUGUUGGAGCAUGCCUUAAAGGAGGGGAGGAGGCAGGCGCCUCACAGCCUCCCAAGUCUUAACAGUGACAGCCACAUGGGAGAAACCAUCAAAGCCGAACCAGGGUCCAUCGAGGAACUACCUUGUUCCGCACUAGCUCCAUCCCUAGAGCCCUGCUUCUCCAGGCCCGAGAGACCAGCAAACCGUCGCCCUCCAUCCCGUUGGGCCCCACAUUCCCCCACUGCCUCAGCGGCUCAGUCACUCGGAGACCCGGCCUCCUUGGAGGAGCUCGGCGACGAGGAGCUGCCCGGGGAGAAGCUGCACCAGUGACGUGAUGCAAGUUUGCAUGGAUUAUCACGGAAUAAUUCACUGUAAUUUGCAUAACCACACCAUCAUCGUCAACCAAACUCUGCCCAAAAGGAGAGAUCUAGUUUUCCCAAGGUCAAAGAAUGUGUUUUUAAAAAAACACAUGGCUGCUGAAUGUUCAACCUGUGAACCUGAGAUGUUUCUAGAAUGAAACAGUAAAUGUGCCUGUAAUAACUUAAUUUUUUUCAUAGCUCAGAAAACUAUUUUUGUCUCCAUCUUUUUUACACACAGUAUAUUAAAAAAAAGGUUAAUAAGAUAUAAAUAAAUUUAAAAAAUAAAAGUUUUAAAGAUGUACAUUUUAAGAGAUUCUGAACACCCUCGCUCUCAAUCCUGACUGCCUGUCUGUUAAAUUUGCACUGUUACAUUUUGGUUUGGUUUAUUUCCACAUUGAAUUAGAGUGUUUUAAGUUAAUUUUACUUUGUCAAUGUUUUUGGUUUUUAAGAAUUUUUGAAAACUUCAGACUGUGUGAUUCAGUGAACUUUUUGUAGUAGAAAAGCCAGGAAGCCAGUAGACAAGACAGAUAUAUCCUGGAGGGGACACAUGUCAGCGUUCUGGAAAAGGUACUGAGUCCUCAGCUGGGCUUACCAAAUUCUUUGUAUAAUCCACAUAUUCUACUCGACUUGCACGCCUCCGGGUUCGAAGCACUGGGGUGCAUGUACAUAUUGCUGCUGUGGUCUCCCCAUCACCUAAGUGUGAGUCGUCUGUCCCAUUGUGGCACAUUGUGAAUUCCCUUGUACUGUACUUUCGUUGUCUUCUUGCAUCGACGAUACAACAGCAAUGGCAUUUUAAAAUUAUCGUUAAAAGAGUAACUGGCAAUAUGCAGUGUUUACUCAAAAUUUUCUGUUUAAGAAAAAAAUACUAUAAAAAGUCAUGAGGAUACCAAACUGAAGCAAAGGAUGGUCCUCGGAGUCUGUAUGAGACGAUGAUGAAGUAGAAAUAAAGCCUUUACAAGACGGCA